AUGGAGAACCCCCACGAACAAGUGCAAGCCAAUAUACUGUCGCGGAUUAUUGGCAAUGUCAAGAGGCUCAAUGAGAGUGUGGCCAUUCUGAAUCAAGAGCUCGUGACCAUUAAUAAUCGGAACAAGAAUCUAGAGAUCAUGGGUGCAAUUUGUGAUAACUAUCACAGCAGCAUUCAGUUUAACCUGGAGGCUACCAACAACAAAAAACCUCCUCUUUAG